AUGGCUCAGCCGUUGUCCCUCACCUGUCGCCAGAAGGCGACCAGCAUGACGAGACUACCAUCCUCAAGCGCAGCUAGGGCUUUCUUCCUGUCGGAAUAUGGGAAAUUGCAGCAGCACCGCAGGAAAUCACUCGUUUUCGGACAGAGAAUUAUCACCAGAUCCCUUUCGCUUCAAUCCUCUCGACGCGCCAGCAGCACCAACAACACUCUUCGCUGCCCUUCGACUGCUACUCAGAUCCCUUCCACAGCGAGAUGCUACCAUUCCCACUUCCAUCCUCCUCUGCCGACACACGAAUACACCAACUCCCAGACGGCCAUCCUCUCCGCUGCGCUGGAGCACAUCCCCGAGCACGGCUUCACGAAGGAGGCGCUGACGCUGGGCGCGCGCGAUGUCGGAUUCCUGGAUGUGUCGUUGCAGCUGUUUGAGCGGCAGGAGAUGGAUCUGAUUCUGUUCUGGCUGGCGAGCAGGCGAGGACUGUUGAGGGCCAAGGUGGAGAAUGGGCUCUUCGAGAAGAUGAAAAAUGAAGGAGACAAUGCGAGCCGGGAAUUGAGUGUGGACGAGAAAGUCAGGAUUCUGCUCCUGGAGCGAUUGAGGAUGAACGAGAAAAUCAUACAUCGGUGGCAGGAUGCUCUAGCACUCAUGUCCUUCCCAUCCAACAUUCCCCUGGCCCUCUCCGAACUCCACUCCUUGUCUUCUGACAUCCUCUACCUGGCCGGCGACACCUCCAUCGACGCCUCCUGGUACACGAAGCGCCUGUCACUGUCGACCAUCUACGCCAGCGCCGAAGUCGUCAUGACGCAGGAUCCCAGCCCAAAGUUCUCGGCCACAGAGGCCUUCGUCAACCGCCGAAUUCAGGACAACAAGGCUAUUGGCGAGAAGCUCGCUGAUGUGAAGUCCUACCUCGGCUUUCUGGCCAGCACGGCUGUGGGGUUGGGGCGGAGUUGGGGGCUGAAGAUCUAA